AUCACCAGAGUGAAGUCUCCAAUCUCCGCCUCCAAAACUCUGGACCUGCCAAUCAACCCAGAGGACGUUCUCCCUGCAGCGUCUCCAGUUAGUGAUGGAGCGUCUCCAGAUGUGAUGAUGUCAGAGAGUCACCUGAGCAGCACAUGCCCCCCCUCCCCCUCCACCUCCCCCUUUCCCAACCACCCCAACACAGAGCUGCCCAGCAAGACUACCAUGCUGCGUUGCCGUAACGACAGCAUCAUGUCCACCAUCCCCGAGCCACCAGGAAACGCAUCACUGGUCCGCCGGACGCGAGAGGGAGAGACAGACUUCCACCCCCGCGGCCUCGGUGACUUUGAAUGUGAGAGUGUAGACAACAUGGAUUAUGAUGAGGAAAUAGAGACGUGUGGUCCUCCCUCGCUCCACUCCUCCUCCUCCUCCCAUCAGUCAGAAUGUUUAGACUCCUAUGACCUGGAGACCGUCAACAACAUUUUCAGGAAACUGUCUCUGGAGAGGCCUUUCCGUCCAUCUCUCUCCUCCUUCUCGAGGGUCAGCUCUUCUCUGCGGCCGGUCCAGGAGCUUUCGUUGCUAGGCGACCAACUUUUGGCUGAAGUCACGCUGGUUGGUGGGAACGACAGUGGAAUCUUUGUGUCGUCUGUCCAAUCAGAGUCCGGCACUGAGAAGGCGGGGCUACGGGAGGGCCACCACCUCCUUUUGCUGGAGGGCUGUAUCCGUGGGGAGAACCAGAGCAUCUCAUUGGACACCUGCACCCAGGAGGAAGCCCAUUGGACGAUGCAACAUUGCUCUGGACCAAUCCAACUGCACUACCGUGCCAACUAUGAUGGGUACCGGAGGCUGCAGAGGGAUCUAUCGGAGGGAACGGUGACGUCAGGAGACUCAUUCUACAUCAGAACCAACCUCAACAUCUCUGGCCAAUCAGACACCUGCUCUCUGAGCGUGCAUUGUGACGAGGUACCUGCUGACCUUAAACCUAUCCCCUGA